AGACCCCUCGGUGGGAAUUUUUAGACCCCAGGCCCUUCUGGCUUCCUUCCCAUCCUCUUAGUCUCCUGAGGUCCCUUCCUCAUACCAGUGUUCCUCUCCAAGUCGUGAGAGUCACUGUGACUCUCAGCUGCUCUCUUUUUACAGGGUAUCCCAAAAGUCUUGGAGCAAUUUUCAUCCUUAAAAGCUUCCGUUCUUUUAGUUACACUCAAUGGUAUAAUGAUGCGGGACAGUUCUGAAGGAUUUAUAAUAAAGAAUUCUAUCCACCUCCAGAGAAAAAACUGUUGGAGUAGGGAUGCUGAUCAAAGCAAGAGCAUUCUAUUUUUUUUUUUACUUUAGUUUAUUUGGGUUUUAUUUUGGGGGUUUGGUUUUAUGUGAGUAUAUUUUCUUACAACAGUGACCAAUAUGGAAAUAAGUUUUGUGUGAUCUAUAUGUAAAAACAACCCAAAUCAAGUUGCUAACCAUUACCCAGGAGGGAAGGAGGGAGACAAUUUGGAUCUAAUAAUUUCGGGAAAUGUAUGUUGAAAAUUGUUAUUACAUGUGAUUGAGAAAAAAUACCGUACUUAAAAAAAAAAAGCUUGAAGUCUUUUGGGAGAACUUGUAUAUAAACUGCUGUCUCCGCAGAGCUGUAUUAGAUGCAGACUCAUUUUAUACAUAAUAUGCAUUUACAGUCUUCUGCAGUCACCACUCCCUCCCCAGAGUCCCUUAGCCUUGCGCACAGACAGGAGCAUCAAUAAUUCAGCUACAGCCACAAGUGCCAAGAGAUUCUCACGCAGACUCUGAAUCUCGUUGUCCAGCCCAAGAUCUUGGCUCCCACCCCAGCUCCACCCCAGCAGCUACUUCAGCUGCCCCUCAUCUCCCCCUACUAAGAGAACGGAAGGGGGAAGGGGACAGGAGAGGAGGAGAUGGCUGCGUGUUAGGGGUAACAAUUCAGAGGUAUAUGGGAGCGGGGUGGAAGAAGAGUGAGACUCGGAGACUGGGAGGGGCUCAGUUGUCCAGCCGGGGAAGUGGGAGGCGGCUGUGGCGCCGGGAAAAGCUUGUCGCCCCUACCAUCCCAGUUUCACUCUCCCUGGUGUAGAACUCCCUGGGUCAGUUCCCAGGUCUUCUCUCGGGGCCUCAGCACCUCCCACAGUAGGGGCACCACACACAGAUAAUGGCUUGACGUCGUGGACACUUCAGGUCGCUUGAUAGAACCCUAAAAGGGAGAGGGGGAGGAGAAGCUCAAGAGGGAAGGAAGAAGAAAGGGACCAAGGAACGGAAAACCUGAGACUAGGAGAAGGGCAGGAUUGAGCUGCCAGCUGUUCUUCGGAGCCCGAUUGUGACUUUGGGCUGGUGAGGGCAGGUGGUGAGGGUGAAGAGAUCAUGCCCCGCCUCUUCAGCCCCAGGCCUCCCCCCAGCGAAGAUCUCUUCUACGAGACUUAUUACAGCCUGAGCCAGCAGUACCCCCUGUUAUUACUGCUGCUGGCCAUCGUACUUUCCACGCUUCUCGCUCUGCUUGCAGUCACUUGGGCCAGCGGUCGGGCGCUGGACUCAGACCCAGCCUUCCUGGCCGGGGUGUUGGGCGCAUUCGGAGGCUUUGCACUUUUGCUCUGCCUGGCUUCGCGCGAGCAGCGUCUGCAGCGCUGGACCCGCCCGGUAUCGGCUCUCGUAUGGGCCGCCCUACUGGCCCUGGGCCACAGCUUCCUGUUCACCGGAGGUGUGGUCAGCGCCUGGGACCAGGUGUCUUUCUUCCUCUUUAUCAUCUUCACUGUGUACACCAUGCUGCCUUUGGGUAUGCGGGAUGCAGCUGCAGCCGGUCUGGUCUCUUCUUUAUCCCACCUCCUAGUCCUUGGGCUGUACCUUGGAUCUCAAUCUGUCUCCCGGCCCCCGCUUCUCCCUCAGUUGGCUGCCAACGCGGUGCUGUUCUUGUGCGGGAAUGCGGCAGGAGCCUAUCACAAGGCGCUAAUGGAGCGCGCGCUUCGGGACACGUUCCGGGAGGCUCUGAGCUCCCUGCACUCUAGGAGGCGGCUGGAUUCUGAGAAGAGACACCAGGAACAUCUCCUGCUAUCCAUCCUGCCGGCUUACCUAGCCAGGGAAAUGAAGGCUGAGAUCAUGGCUCGGCUCCAGGCUGGGCAAGGUCCCCGGCCUGAGGGCACCAACAAUUUUCACAGUUUAUAUGUAAAGAGACAUCAGGGUGUCAGUGUGCUGUACGCAGACAUUGUUGGCUUCACUCGACUGGCCAGCGAAUGCUCCCCGAAGGAACUGGUGCUUAUGCUGAACGAACUCUUUGGCAAGUUUGAUCAGAUCGCCAAGGAACACGAGUGCAUGCGGAUUAAGAUUCUGGGAGACUGUUACUAUUGCGUUUCUGGUCUGCCACUUUCUCUGCCGGACCACGCACUCAACUGCGUGCGCAUGGGGCUGGACAUGUGCCGUGCUAUCCGGAAGCUGAGGGCUGCCACGGGAGUGGACAUCAACAUGCGUGUGGGUGUGCACUCGGGCAGCGUGCUCUGCGGUGUCAUCGGUCUUCAGAAGUGGCAAUACGACGUCUGGUCCCAUGAUGUCACCCUGGCUAACCACAUGGAGGCCGGUGGAGUGCCAGGUCGAGUGCACAUCACUGGGGCAACCCUGGCCCUGCUGGGAGGGGCUUAUGCUGUGGAGGAUGCAGCUCCAGGGCAUCGGGACCCAUAUCUCCGAGAGCUUGGGGAACCCACCUACCUGGUCAUUGACCCAAGGGCAGAGGAGAAAGAAGAAGAGGAAGUAACUGCAGGGGGACCACUGUCCCCUCCUGAGGGACCCAAGAUGCGUCCAUCACUUCUGAUGACCCGAUACUUGGAGUCCUGGGGUGCAGCCAAGCCUUUUGCCCACCUCGGCCACCUGGACAGUCCUGUGCCCACCUCACCCCCUCUUCUGGAAAAUGCCUUGGCCUCCCUGGGCCCACAGAGGAGUCUGGACCGGACCCGAACCCCUCGGGGACUUGAGGAUGAACUGGACACUGGGGAUGAAAAGUUCUUUCAAGUCAUCGAACAGCUCAAUUCCCAGAAACAAUGGAAACGAUCUAAGGACUUCAGCCCACUGACCUUAUACUUCAGAAAGAAAGAGAUGGAGAAGGAGUAUCGACUCUCAGCUCUUCCUGCCUUCAAGUAUUAUGCAGCCUGUACCUUUCUGGUUUUCCUUUCCAACUUCACCAUUCAGAUGCUUGUGGCCAACAGGCCCCCAGCUCUGGCUGUCACUUAUGGCAUCAUCUUCAUCCUCUUCUGCCUCCUCCUCUUCAUCUGCUUCUCAGAGCACUUGACGAAAUGUGUCCUGAAGGGUCCCAAGUUUCUGCACUGGCUGCCAGGCCUUUCAGGAACUAUAGCCACAAGACCUGGUCUUCGAGUUGCUCUGGGCACCACCACCAUCCUUAUUGUCCUCACCAUGGCCAUCGUCAACCUGUUCUUUCAGCCAAUGUCAGAAUGCUCCUUCUCAGCCUCCAAUUCCUCUACUGCUGCUCUCAACAUCUCCUGGGAUAUCCCUGGUUCCUUUCCUCUAAUCAGUGUCCCGUACUCCAUGCACUGUUGUGUGCUGGGCUUCCUCUCCUGUUCCCUCUUUCUGCAUAUGAACUUCGAAUUGAAGCUGCUGUUGCUACUACUCUGGUUGUUGGCCUCCUGCAGCCUCUUCUUGCAUUCCCAUGCCUGGCUCUCUGACUGCCUUGUUGCCCAUCUCUACCCAACUCCCAGUGCUCAAAGGCCUGGGGUUCUGAAGGAGCCCAAAGUGAUGGGUGCCAUCUCCUUCUUCGUCUUCUUCUUUACCCUUCUGGCGCUGGCUCGGCAGAAUGAAUAUUAUUGCCGAUUGGAUUUCCUAUGGAAAAAGAAGCUUCGGCAAGAGCGGGAGGAAACAGAGACCAUGGAGAACCUGACUCGGCUGCUGCUGGAAAAUGUACUACCUGCACAUGUUGCCCCCCAGUUCAUUGGUCAGAACCGGAGAAAUGAGGACCUCUACCACCAAUCCUAUGAAUGUGUUUGUGUCCUCUUUGCUUCUGUCCCUGACUUCAAAGAGUUUUACUCUGAGUCCAACAUCAACCGUGAGGGGCUAGAGUGUCUUCGGCUGCUCAAUGAGAUCAUUGCUGACUUUGAUGAGCUACUCUCUAAACCCAAGUUCAGUGGUGUGGAAAAGAUCAAAACCAUUGGCAGCACAUACAUGGCAGCUACAGGGUUAAAUGCCACCUCUGGACAGGACACGCAGCAGGACUCUGAAAGAAGUUGCAGCCACCUGGGCACAAUGGUGGAGUUUGCAGUGGCCCUGGGGGCCAAACUGGACAUCAUCAACAAGCACUCAUUCAACAACUUCCGCCUGCGUGUGGGGUUGAAUCAUGGACCAGUUGUAGCUGGGGUAAUUGGAGCACAGAAACCACAAUAUGACAUCUGGGGCAACACUGUGAAUGUGGCAAGCAGAAUGGAAAGCACAGGCGUUUUGGGCAAGAUUCAGGUAACUGAGGAAACAGCCCGGGUCCUACAGUCUUUGGGCUACACCUGCUAUAGUAGAGGAGUAAUCAAAGUAAAGGGCAAAGGGCAGCUCCGAACCUACUUCCUAUCCACAGAAUUGGCACGGACUGGGCCCCCUGGGGCCACACUUAGCUGAAAUAUGCCCCCUCCCUUCAAUUCUUUCACUUCAAAAAUGCUCAAUAAAGCAACACUAUUUCCUA